CCGAUCCCUUAGCAAUCGCUAGCGUUGUAAAGGCUUGGCGGAGGACACCGUCCUCCCUGCCUCCUCCUCCUCCUCCACCUCCUCCGAGCGCAACUUCCCCUUUUUCUCAUUAUUCUCUCGUAGUCCUCUGGGGCCGGGUGGUUAUGUGAGCACUGAGCACUGCCGAAUCGAAUUGUCACUGAGUCUUAUUUGGUGUGACACCCGCGGAGCUUUGGUCGCCGGCUCUGCCCCGUGCUCGUUCGUCCUGUGACGUGCCCGAGCAUGUCCACAUCAGAGAUAGUGUCGGAUCUACCUGAGAGUGAGCAGAUCGCGCGUUGUCAGAGGAUACCUACUGCUCAGUGAUACUGGGACUUUAGCAACUGCCAGUGAAGAAACCACACAGGACUACAACGAUGGGGUUCUACGGCACUUUAAAGAUGAUUUUCUAUAAAAUGAAGAGGAAGUUGGACCACGGCCCCGAGGUCCGAUCCUUUCCUUCAGGGAAGAAGCCCUGCAAAGGGCCGGAGUACCCGAGCCCCACAGGGCUCGUUCCGUACCCGGCCACGCCCACCACGUUCGGGGACCUGCGGGCAGCCAACGGGCAGGGCCAGCAGAGACGGCGCAUCACCUCCAUCCAGCCGCCCGCCGGGCUCCAGGAAUGGCUCCGCACUUUCCAGAGCUGGAGCGGUCCGGAGAAGCUCCUGGCGCUGGACGAGCUCAUCGACAGCUGCGAGCCCACGCAGGUCAAGCACAUGAUGCAGGUGAUCGAGCCGCAGUUCCAGAGAGACUUCAUCUCCCUGCUGCCCAAAGAGCUGGCUCUCUACGUCCUCUCCUUCCUGGAGCCCAAGGACCUGCUGCAGGCGGCGCAGACGUGCCGCAACUGGCGCUACCUGGCCGAGGACAACCUGCUGUGGAGGGAGAAGUGCAAGGAGGAGGGCAUCGACGAGCCCCUCCCCCCCAAAAGGAGGAAGCCCCUCAAGCCUGGCUUCACCCACAGCCCCUGGAAGAGCGCCUACAUCAGGCAGCACCGGAUAGACACCAACUGGAGGAGAGGAGACCUCAAAUCGCCCAAGGUGCUCAAAGGUCAUGACGACCACGUCAUAACCUGCCUUCAGUUCUGCGGCGCCAGAAUCGUCAGCGGCUCGGACGACAACACGCUCAAAGUCUGGUCGGCCGUGACGGGCAAGUGUUUGAGGACGCUGGUGGGACACACGGGCGGCGUGUGGUCGUCCCAGAUGAGGGACAACAUCAUCAUCAGCGGCUCCACGGACCGGACGCUCAAAGUGUGGAACGCGGAGACGGGCGAGUGCAUCCACACGCUGUACGGGCACACGUCCACGGUGCGCUGCAUGCACCUGCACGAGAAGAGGGUGGUGAGCGGGUCCCGGGACGCCACGCUGCGGGUCUGGGACAUCGAGACGGGCCAGUGUCUACACGUGCUCAUGGGCCACGUGGCGGCGGUGCGCUGCGUCCAGUACGACGGGCGCAGGGUGGUCAGCGGCGCCUACGACUUCAUGGUCAAAGUGUGGGACCCCGAGACCGAGACCUGCCUGCACACGCUUCAGGGGCACACCAACAGGGUCUACUCAUUACAGUUUGACGGCGUCCACGUGGUGAGCGGCUCCCUGGACACGUCGAUCCGCGUGUGGGACGUGGAGACGGGCAACUGCAUCCACACGCUGACCGGCCACCAGUCCCUGACCAGCGGCAUGGAGCUCAAAGACAACAUCCUGGUGUCCGGCAAUGCCGACUCCACCGUCAAGAUCUGGGACAUCAAAACGGGCCAGUGCCUCCAGACGCUGCAAGGUCCCCAUAAGCACCAGAGCGCAGUCACCUGCCUGCAGUUCAAUAAGAACUUUGUGAUCACCAGCUCGGACGACGGGACGGUCAAGCUGUGGGACCUGAAAACGGGCGAGUUCAUCCGCAACCUGGUGACCCUGGAGAGCGGGGGCAGCGGGGGGGUGGUGUGGCGCAUCCGCGCCUCCAACACCAAGCUGGUGUGCGCCGUGGGCAGCCGCAACGGCACCGAGGAGACCAAGCUCCUGGUGCUCGACUUCGACGUGGACCUGAAGUGAGCGGAGGGGGAGGGGCAGACACGACGGCCGGGGCACCCCGGGGGGGGUGGGGGGGUUCUCGACGCGCGACGUCGCGGACGCUUCGACGAGCCCCGGGCCCCGUUCCCCCCCCCCCCUCGUCGCCCCGCCCCCUUCCCCCUCCUCGCUCCCGCCGUCGGAGCGGGCGGGGCAGAUGGGGAGGGGGGCGGGGCAGGCCUACCUCCGCACCACAGCGGAGCGUCGGGACGGGGAGAAGAGAAAGAAGGGAGGAGGAAGCAAAAAACGAGAGGAGAGAAAGGAGGAGCGUGGAUGGCGCUGUCAAAGCUCCCCAGGGACUUCCUGCUGUGACUCCGGCAGCUCUGCUCAGAGACUUGCGUGCUCAAGCCUGGCCAAACUCUUUAGAUGUAUAAAUAUAUAUAUAUACAUAUAUAUUUUUCCCCCACCACAACAGCCAAGCAAAUUUAUGGAAAUCGCUGAUGUAUACAUUUAAGUCAAGAGGGAAGGAAACGGAAGUUGCCGUGUAAGAAAUGGUAAAUAGUGUAUAAAAAAAAAAUAUUAAAAACUAAAACUUUUAAAAAAUGAAAGAGCUUCUUAUUGUGGAGAAAUACAAGGUUUUUUUUGUUUUGUUUUGUUUUUUUUUUUUUGCCAAGAACUGAUUGUCAGACCAGGAUUCCCCGUGUCUCAGUGCAGCCCUUUUGUUGUUCAUUUUUUUUAUUGCAGUUUCUCUCUCACUCUUUCUUUUGUUUCCUGGUUUGAAUGCCACAGGUAAAUAAGGCUGUGAAUUUCGGUUUUGUUUGUACGUGUGCGAGAUUCAGCGUAGAGAUUCACGUUCAGAGUUUUCUGCCUGCUGUUGCCAACCACAAUCAGUCCCAGUAUUAAGCCCUUUUCUCUCUCCGUUUUUGCCGUUUCUUGCUUAUAUAUAUUUUUCUUGUGUGUGUUGAAACAAACUGAAGCUGGAUGUAUUGCCGUGGACGGGCGGGCCUGAGGGUGUGGACAGGGCGACCGGGUUUCGCUUCUCGCCGCUGGUGCUACACGCGGAAAAACGGGAGGCGGUCCUUUCCCCGAGCUGACGGAAAUAGCGCCCCCCCUACUGACCCCCCCACCCCCCACCCCACCCCCUCACCCCCCAGUACUGUAUACCCAGUGGCCAAACUUGAUGCUGCUAAACGACAGGAAAGGUGGAACUCUUUUAUUUUUGCUGUGACGUUUUAGUCCCAGGCUAAAUUCCAAAUUGACUCUCGUUUGGAUGUUUUGAAAAACCAGAAAACAUGGGAAAAGAAUUUUUACGUUUUUUUUUUUUUUUUUUUUUUUUGAGUUUUUUAUUUUUUAUUUUUUAUUUUUUGCCACUCAGACAUUGAGCCAGUGUGCCUCUACGAGGCUGUGAGGAAAGAGUAUCAGAGACUGGCAGAUGGAAAUGAGCGUGCAGAUUAUACUUUUUUCUUUUUUCUUUUUUUUUUUCCUCGGAGUGUGUGUGUGUGUGCGUGUGCGUGUGUGCGUGUGCGCGCGUGCGCGUGCGUGUGCCUGUGUGCGUUUCUGGUGCGAAUUGUGAACACAUUCCUAAGGACGAGGCCUCCGGCCUGUCCCGUGGGGAAAAUCUUUACACUUUGAGGGCCGUGGCGAAAAGGAUCAGAGCAGCUGAGGGAGAACAGAUACGAGCGAGCGAGCGCUCCGCAUACGAAUGAGACCGUUUGUGAGCGCGCGCGAGCACUUCAAACGCGCGGCGUGGCGGUUCCUCGCAAGCGCGUCGGCCCUAAAGCGCGAAGCCGACGAGAAGAGGAGCGCGUUAGCGCGCAGCGGCGCGGGGUAGCCGUCGACGUCGGAAAAGGCGUUCGCUUCGUAUCAGCGUCCCGAAUAGAAAGGCAUCGCAAGGCCAACACUGAGAAUAUCAUAGAGUAGCCAAAUGAUUUGUCUCAUUCAACCCGGAGUCACACAACUCAAGCUGAACUGUGAAAGUGGUAUAACACUGUAUAUUAAACAAUCCUCUUCUUUCUUUUUUUUUUUUUUUUUUUUGCUCUCCGUUAAUUUUUUUUUCCCGUUUAAUUUAUAAUCUGGUUUGUGAAAUCAGAUGUUGCAGGGUGUUUUUUUUUUUUGUUGUUUUUUUUGUUUUGUUUUGUUUUUUCAGUUCAUGUAACUGCCUGACGUAACAGACAGAAGAAGAACACUUAAAGGGAUCCUGUAUUUGAUUCACUUAGAAUUUUUAUUUUCUUAAAACUUAAGUGCAAUAAAAUGUGGGUUUUUCUUUUUUCAUUUCAAGCAUUUCAGGUGUCUGUAUUUGUCACUGUGUUCAAUAAAGCCUCUACAGUCUA